AUGUCAGGCCUCAUGUACGAUGGUCCUUCCACGUCCGAAAAGCCGGACCUCGGCUUGGACAACGCUGCAGAAAGCUCCUUCUGCCAAGUCUUCAAAGCCAUGCCCACACCCGCGCCCGGAACCUUGCGUCUCUUUGACCGCUCGGACUUUUACUCGGCGCAUGGCGACGAUGCCAUCCUCAUUGCCAACCUCGUCUUCAAGACCCACUCUGCCCUCAAAUACCUCGGCAGCGGAGGCAAGGACAAAGGAGGUUUGCCUUCCAUCACGCUCAGCGUCGCUGCCGCCAAAAAUUUCCUUCGCGAAGCACUCACCACACGCCAGAUGCGCGUCGAGAUCUACUCCAAUGCCGGGGGCAAGCGCAACAAUCAGUGGUCCAUCAUCAAGCAGGCCUCUCCUGGCAACUUGCAGCAGAUGGAGGAUAUGAUCUUUGUCAAUGCUGACAUCGUCUCCUCGCCCAUCGUCAUGGCGCUCAAACUCACCACCCGUGACGGCGUCAAGACUAUUGGUGCUGCCUUUGCCGACGCGAGCAAUCGAGAGCUCUGCGUGACCGAAUACGCAGAGAACGACCUGUUCAGCAACACUGAGUCGCUCAUGAUCCAGCUCGGUGUCAAAGAAUGCAUUCUGCCAAAGGACGACAAGGGCGCCGAUGUCGACCUCAAGAAGUUGCGCGACGUCAUCGAACGCUGCGGCGUUGUCAUGUUUGACAACCGAAGAACCGACUUUUCGGGAAAGAACAUCGAUCAGGAUCUGCGUCGUUUGCUCAGGGAAGAGUCGUCCGGCGUCACCAUCCCCGAGCUCGACCUCAAGGUCGCCAUGGCCGCUGCUUCCGCGCUCAUCUCUUAUCUCGCCCUCCUCACAGACGAAUCCAACUUUGGCCAGUACACCAUUCGCACUCACGACCUCUCUCAAUACCUGCGCCUCGACAACUCUGCUCUCCGCGCUCUCAACCUCUUUCCCGAGCCGGGCCAGACGGGCUCCAACAAAAACACAAGCGUCUAUGGUCUCUUGAACCGUUGCCGUACCGGUCAAGGCCAGCGACUCUUGGGCCAAUGGCUCAAGCAGCCUUUGGUCAACGUACAUGCCAUCCAGGAGAGGCAAGACCUGGUCGAGCUCUUUGUCAACGACAACUCUGCGCGCCAGCUCAUCCAGACCGACUACCUGAAACUCAUGCCAGACAUGCAUCGCAUCAGUAAGCGCUUCCAAAAGGGUGUCGCCACCUUGGAGGACGUCGUGCGUGUCUACCAGGCCGUCUUGAGGCUGCCUGGCUUGAUCCAAACCCUUUCGGACAUUGACACCCCUUCCGAAGCACAUUCGCAGCUGCUGGCGACGACCUACAUCAACCCCUUCCAGCUUCACUCGACAGCGCUCAUCAAAUUCACCGAGCUUGUCGAGGCUACUCUGGAUCUCAACGAGCUCUCACAGCACAACUUUGUCAUCAAGCCUGAUUUCGACGACAAUCUGCGUCAGAUCAAGGAGGCGCUCGACGACACACGCGACAAGCUCGACGAGCUGCAUCGCUUGGCUGGUAAAGAGCUUCGCAUGGACACAGAGAAGAAGCUGCACCUCGAAAAUCACCAUGUGUACGGAUAUUGCUUGCGAGUCACGCGUACCGACGCAGGCCUCGUACGCAACAAGAAGGGAUACUCGGACAUCGCCACCGUCAAAGGCGGUCUCUACUUCACCAACGAAGCUCUGCGCGAUCUCGCCAACGACUUCAAGGAUCUGUCCGAACGCUACAGCCGAUCGCAGAGCGGUCUAGUCAAGGAGGUCAUUCAGAUCGCGUCCUCCUAUUGUCCACCUCUGGAGAAGCUCAAUGUGGUCUUGGCCCAUCUCGACGUAAUUGUCAGCUUUGCACAUGUCUCGGACAGUGCACCUAUCCCGUACGUCAAGCCGGCGGUGAGCGAAAAGGGCACCAAUGCCGACGUCGAUCUGCGCGAGGCAAGGCAUCCCUGUCUCGAGGUGAUGGACGAUGUCUCCUUUAUCGCGAAUGACACCGAGAUGGUGCGCGGCAAGUCGGAGUUCCUUGUGAUUACAGGACCCAACAUGGGCGGCAAGUCGACCUACAUCCGCCAAGUGGGCAUCAUUGCAUUGAUGGCUCAGAUCGGCUGCUUUGUGCCCGCAGCAGAGGGCGCCAAGCUGCCUGUCUUCGACUGCAUCCUCGCGCGCGUCGGAGCCGGUGAUAGUCAGCUCAAGGGCGUAUCCACGUUUAUGGCCGAGAUGCUCGAGACGGCCACCAUCCUCAAGACGGCCACGGCCGAUUCGCUCAUCAUCAUCGACGAGCUCGGACGUGGCACUUCCACCUACGACGGGUUUGGUCUGGCGUGGGCCAUCUCCGAGUGGAUCGCGACGCACGUCCGAUGCAAGUGUCUGUUUGCCACCCACUUCCACGAGCUCACCAACCUGGCUUCGCAGCAGCCGCACGUGCGCAACCUCCACGUGGUCGCGCACGUCGAACAGAAGGAGGGCGGCUCGAGGCAGGAUCGCGACAUUACGCUGCUCUACAAGGUCGAACCGGGCAUCAGCGAUCAGAGUCUGGGUAUCAACGUUGCUGAGCUAGCCAACUUCCCUCCGUCGGUGAUUGCGUUGGCCAAGAGGAAGGCGGAGGAGCUGGAGGACUACGAUGAAGAUGAAGCGGAGACUGCGGUGCUGGAUAGUCUGCCGGAGGACGUGACCAAGCAAGGCGCCCAGCUGAUUGAUGAGUUUCUCACAACGUGGGCCGAGCGGACGAAGAAGGAUGCCAAGCGCGCGCGUCCGGAUCCUGAGAGCGAGCUGCAGGAACUCAAGCGGGUGGUGGACGAGUUCCGGCCUCGGAUCGAGGCGAAUGCGUGGGCGGCAAAGGUGCUCGAAAGCUUCUGA